UUGGAGCGUGUCCAAUGUUGUUGAAUUGGAUAAAUGUUGAAUAUGUGUGAUUUCCCACACUCUACUCUACCAAAUCCACCAACCCUACUCGGCAGCGCGAAGGGGCGAAAGGCCGAUUCUGCCUAACAAGUGGGCAGGCAUGUGGUGGCAUGGCACCGUUGCUCACGAGCACUAUGGAACUGACAUUCAAGUCAAUAUUAGGGCUGUGGAGUUUAGUAGCUGUACUGUUCGGUCUAGUCGAUGUAUUAACAAACUUUGAGGAAAAUGCAUGCGAAAUGACGUGGAUGUUUCAAGUGCCAGAGUUCAUCCCAAUUUCUCUGGAUGCAUCCGUCCACGAAAGGUUUCCGAAGUAUCAACUAAUUGUUUAUGGCGAAGGGUCGUACGCACAGAGCUUACGCAAUGGUACGCUGAGAGGGAUGCCAGUGCUAUUCGUUCCCGGCAACGCCGGAAGUUACCGGCAAGUGAGAUCAAUCGGUUCCGUACUUAUGCGGAAAAGCAGCCGACUGGAUCAUCACUUUGACGUCUUCUCUGUCGAUUUCCAUGAGGAACUGUCAGGUCUCUAUGGUCAAGUUCUUCAAGACGAGACGGCUUUUCUUCAUGAAUGCAUCAAGACAGUGCUCAAAUUAUACGGGUCAAACACAAGCCUGGUAUUACUGGCCCAUUCGAUGGGUGGUGUGGUCGCAAGAGCUCUGUUCACCCUUCCAGACUUUAAUCCUGACAGCGUCUCUCUGAUUGUGACGUAUGCAACUCCUCAUCGCAGUGCAGUUGCUCUUCUCGAUUGGCACAUGGCGAAAUUCUACGAAAAAUUACGAGAAAUGUGGUCCAGAAAUCACCGAGUCCCAAUUGUUUCCAUCGCUGGCGGUGACCGUGACUUUCUGGUGAGGACAGAUUUGACCAAUUUACCACACUCUGCCCUGUCAACCACAACGACUGCCGUGCCUGCAGUUUGGGUUUCUACCGAUCAUUUGUGCAUUGUUUGGUGUCAACAACUUGUUUUGGCAACUGCGAGGGCACUCUUGGAUUUGGUUGACAAAAAGAAGAAAAUGGUGAUUUCAGACCAACAAAAGGUCCAUCAGGUGUCCCACUUUCACUUCUUGAAACAGCCAUUUGGGAAACAAUUGACAGCUUAUCCCGAAAGCGUACAGUUUGGAACAGGUGGUGAAUGGAUAGAGAAAUUUGAAGGCUCCUGGCGAUUUGCAAGAGCAAAGGUGUUGUCCUCUGUGUUCCUGACUGUGCCACUCUACGAACAGGAUUCAGUCGUUAUUGUUGCUUCAGGCCUGGAAAACAGGGAUUGGAUAUUUGGGUGCACUGCCACUAAAGAUGUACGGGGACGAAUUGUCUGCGCAAAGGGCAUCAGCCUUUCAGUCGAGGGAGAAAGGAUACCAGCAAAGCACUCGGAUCAAGAGAGACGCCUAUUCCACGGACGAUCUUUUUCGUUAAAGAUGAGAGGCUUCAAGUAUCUCCUAAUCAAGAUUCUUCCAACAGGAGCUAAGGUGACCGUCCUGGGUGAACGUUACAGGAAAGGAGGUCGCAACAAACGUUUGCCGCCACCGUCACCUCUGUGGGCACUAACUUCUUCUAAAGUGUUGACUAUACCCAUGACAGAGGGAGCCGUCUUUUACAAUGUAACCCUCGUUGGAUUCAGGCAUGUUCUACAGACUUAUGUCUACACCAUCGAAACCAGGAUCUGUAGAACUGGAACACAAGGUCAAGGCAUUGUGCGCUACGUUGUACCCUGGGCUCAUGAAGAUCGAUUCUUCCACAUCAGGACAGCAAUGGGUGCUGUAACUCCCAUGGCUCUGAAAAUCUACAAUCCAGUGCCUGAAGGAGAGCAUUGCUCUGGAGUUGUUCUGGAGCUGUACCUCGAUCCCGAGUGUAGCUACACUCUUUCUGCACAGUUCUCUUUAAAGCAUUUUUUUGGACAGGUGGUGAAGCACUAUGCAGGCAUGGUGCCAGCAUAUUCUACAGCACAGGUGAUGCUUGCCCUUGGCUUUCAGCUCUCAUCUAUAUCGACAACAGGCCUCUGUCCGUCUCUCUUGACUGCAUUGAGCCAGGCAAAGUCUGCCCUUAUUCUCAUUUUCUUCCCUACUAUCUUCCAAGGAGUGCUCUGGCCUAUUUUUAGCUUUGUCCUGCCACAGCCUGACAACAUUGGUGCGCAUGGAUUUGAAAAUGUCACCCUGAGAGCAGGUCUGUACAUCGUUGGAAUUGGCAUUAGUGUUGCCACCGUCUUUCUGUUUGCUGCCUGUGCUAUUGCUCUUGGACAUCUUUAUAUAAGGUUGCGGCAAAAUGAAAAACCUGCAUUCAAGAAACAAAUGGAUGUAACCUGGUCACGAUUAAUUCUAUGUCUCACCUUAUUCCUCAUUGGAAUCUCGCUGGCCACCUGUGCAGCAUUAGCACUUUGGUUAGGAUUUGUCAUUUCAUGCGUUAAGAUGACGUAUCUGUGGAUCUCUCUUUUCCUGGCUGUGGCCACAGUUGCUGUACCCGCCCGAUCAACCAACCUGAAAAUCGUGUGUUACUACUCAAACUGGGCAGUGUACAGACCAUCUUUAGCGAAAUUUACGCCACAGAACAUCAACCCUUAUUUAUGUACGCAUAUAAUCUACGCAUUCGCCGGCUUCAAUAAACGUUACGAGCUCAAGCCUUAUGAUCCUUAUAAUGACAUUGAACAAGGGAACUACAAGAAAUUUGUCGGGUUAAAAGAAUACAACCCCGAUUUGAAGACCAUGGUUGCCGUCGGAGGUUGGAAUGAAGGCUCCAAACGGUUCUCUCACAUGGUAUCAGAGCGCAGCCAGCGGCAGAAAUUCGUUCGAAGCGCAGUAAAAUUCUGUCGGGAGCACAACUUCGACGGUAUCGACCUGGAUUGGGAAUAUCCGAGCUUCCGCGAUGGCGGCAAGCCCGAGGACAAGCAAGGCUACGCUCUCCUUAUCAAGGAACUACGGGAAGCCUUUGAGUCAGAAUCGGUGCCGGCCAAUAAGGAAAGACUUUUGCUCUCUGUGGCCAUGCCCGCUGGGAAACAGUAUAUAGACGGUGGAUUUGAUGUCAAGACUGUCGCCAAGUCUGCAGACUUCUUGAACCUCUUAACGUACGACUAUCAUACAGCGUACGAAGCCACAACGCAGCACCAUUCUCCACUCGCACCAAGAGACAACCUCGAAGAGUGGGACGAAGAGAACAAAUUGAACGUCCGUUGGACUGUCGACUACUAUCUCCGCCAGGGAGCUCCCAGAAACAAACUAAUUGUAGGCAUACCAACCUACGGCCGCUCGUACACCCUUGCCGAUCCAGAAGACACGGAGCUUGACGCCACAGCUGAAGGACCAGGAGAACCAGGGAACUCUACCCGUGAAAAGGGUUACUUGGCCUACUACGAGAUUUGUCAGAACGUCAACGAGCUUGGUUGGGAGGUGGAACGUCCUUAUCCAAAUUUGAUUGGUCCUUACGCAUUUAAAGACGACCAGUGGGUGGGCUUUGACGAUGAAGAAAUCAUCCGCGAGAAAGCCCGCUACAUCCUGAAGGAAAACCUUGGCGGGGCCAUGGUCUGGACGCUGGACAAUGACGAUUUCCGUGGCAACUGCGGCGGCGAGCAGAGCCCUUUGAUAGCGGCCCUGAGAAAAGCGCUACUCGCCACAGACCAAGAUACAGCACCGCCUCCUAUUAGACGUACUACGAGCCGCAAGAAGGGUCGUUCCUCCAACCAGUCUAGCCUCAGGCCUGGUGGAAGAACAAACAUUGCCCUCUCCCACACUACCCCGGAGCCACCCCCUACUCCGGAUCCUGGACCGGCUUUUGAAUGUGACGACGAAGGUUUUUUCAACAACCCUCGCGACUGCCGCAAAUACUUCUGGUGUCUGGAUAGCGGACCUGCAAACUUGGGCAUCGUCGCUCAUGCGUUUACGUGUCCGUCGGGCCUCUACUUUAAUUCAAAGUCUGAGGCAUGCGACUACAAAGAAAAUGUCGUUUGUAGAUCGCCGCCUGUUGAGCUUCCUGCAACGACGACCAAGAAGCCCAGGCGAUCAAAGGCGCGUUCGACGACGACAACGACGACCACAACAACCACGGCUCCACCGGACAUAGGGGACAAGGAAGAUACGGAUGUGGCCGAAUUGCUUCGUCUGCUUAAGAGCAUUGGCGGUGUCGACAAACUGCAAUCAUUCCUUAGCGGUGAUGAACCGACAGAAGGACGUCAGCUGCGUCGUCCACCGUACGCCCAACACGAAGAACCAGAGUUGCAGAAUGCUACCCAAGGACAACAAAUAAGGCGACCGCAAUUUCAACAAGAACCAGAUUUGUUCAAGUACGUGGAACCAGUAAGACAGCGUGUGGUAGACACACCGGAUACGAAAACUGUUGUCGCGCCAGAUGGAGCUGUUGACGCCCAGCAAAACGAACAGCCUCCAAACCCGUUUCACUUUGUCUAUAAGACUCCAGAGAGGCAUCAAGCACCACAGGAGGCUCAAGUGGCAGACCUUGCUUAUGUGCCCGAUUCACUUCCAUCAUCAGUGCCAGCACCACAACCACCAACUAUACCACCUUUCGUGUAUCAAACCCCUGCGCGAAACUUGCAACCUACAGUAGCUCCAAUACCUGAAAUAGUACCGCAGCCUGUACACGCUGUCGCUCCACAACAGCAAGAACAUGGUGUGUCGCAACCACUUGUUCCCACCACACCGCAACAGGUGUCGCGUCCGGAACCGGCCUUCCAGCCACAAGUGGUUUCGAUUCCUAAGCAAUUCCAACAGGACCAGCAGCCACUAGCAGAAAGGGAUACUGAUCUUACUAUCACAUUACCACAAGACGGGUCUGUGCCUCAAACUGUACCACAACGGCCCAACAAAGUGGUACGCAUUACUGGACCUCCAGGUCAAGCUGCUUUGUUACCACCGGGUGCACGACGUGGUAAACGGAUUAGGGUCAGACCAGCUCAAGUUGACGAACCAAUCGACUUACCAACUCCAGGGCACAGGCGAGUGGCAAUCCGGCGGCGUCCUGUUAUCAGCCCACCCAGUGAACCAUUUGAUCAAGCCGUACAAACCACAACAACGACUACAACCACCACAACCACCACAACCACCACAACGCCACCAACUACCGAAGAGUAUGUCUACGAUUACGAGUAUGAAGACGAUGCCACCGAGACUCCGACGCCGACGACACGACGGACGACAACUACUACAACAACCACAAGACGGCCUAGAAGACGACCGGUUCAUCGAAAGUCCCCAGUGGUCACUGUGGCUACAAAAACGCCAGACAGGUUCGCGCCGCCUCUCAUAGUCAUCGACGAUCAGACUGUGGACUGCAACAAGAGAGGGGUCUUUGUGCAUCCAGAUAAUUGCGGGAAAUUUGUUGUAUGCGCGCCAAAUUCAAAAUCGGCGUCUGGUUUGAGAGGCUAUGUUCAUAAUUGUCCGGCAGAGCAGAUAUAUAUGGAAGCGAAAGGUCGCUGCAUGGGAGGGAGACGUACUACGUGCCAAUGAGACUUUGUUUCUUAAAUGUGGACGGUAUUUUUCCUCCAUCCUCGUUGUGUUGCGGAUGCUUUAGCGAGGACUCCUGUUGUUGAUGGUGGCUACGGAACGUGUAAAUACACUGACUCAACACCGUUGGCACUUCUUCAGUGGACAUAUUUUUGCGGAAUAAACACAUACCAUGCAAUGUGGUUCAUCCAGUGCAUCUAAGAUGAUACAUUUCAAUUCUCGCUGCAUCAUUCUAGGAACGUCGGCAGAAAUUGCUUGAUGUCGUUCACGUUUCUACGGGGACUAGCUUCACAAUAUAUAUAAUAUAUAUUUUUCGGCGAACACAGCUUGAUCAGCGCAGCAUCCCUUGCGUUUGGCCUGUGGACAAUGCAGAAAAAUAUCUGGCAAAUGAAGUGACGCAAGCUCAUCAUGAACCGUCAUUAUGGUGACCCAUACGACCGGUGCCACGGCUACUCCAACUCAUAUCAAGACGGCUCAUACCACACUCAACUCAUACCAGAACAACUCAUACUGGGACAACCCAUUCCAAGAAAACUCAUGCCAAGACAUCUCAUACCAAGACGCCUCAUACCAAGACAACUAAUGCCACAUGAACCCACAAGACAACUGACAACUAAUGAACUCAUGCCACAAGACCCACAAGACAACUCAUACACAUCUCAUCUCAUUCCAAUUCAAGUCGCGCCUGAAAAGACCAUAUGAGAGAAAAAAUAUCACAGAAUAUGACUCAUAGUGAAGGAAAUGUAUGAAACCCACAAACAACAUUUACUGAAGCACACUGAAGGGUUAUUGAAGCGCACUACAUAUGAAAUAUGAAGUUUUGAAAAGACACCAAAUUGAAAAUGUGUCACAUUUCCGUGUCUACGUGGACUGAGACGACACUAAUUAUUUGAGUAGGUGAACGUACGGCCUUAGCACAUAUUCUGGCGUAUGUCACAUCCGAAGAGGUCCAUUGGCAUGCUUCUCCAGGCGCUCUUUUCGUGUUGCCUUUUUUUAUUUCUGAAUUGAAUCUUUCAGACCAAUUGUUUUCUUAAGAUACUGUUGUCUUCACUUCACACUUGCCGUAAAACUGGAUCUCGGCAAGGAGGUGCCCCAGGAAGGAGUACAGAUGUUCUAACGAAGUAUGCAUCCCGAGAGCUGCUUCGUUUUUAGCAGCGUGUAGUUAUUAUGUGCUGUCAACCUGAAUAAGACAGGACGGACCAUUAAGCAAAUGUGCAGUUCCAAUAUUUUUUGUAGUAUCUUUCAAUGAUUCUCUAAUGUACUUCAAUAAACUGUAAAUUGUGAGCUUUGUGUAUUUUCUUCAGAGCAUUUCCUCAUGUCACUUCGACGGGGACGAGUUGAGACUAGUAUGAGUUAACCGCGGCAUGGGCUUUGGCCUGAAAUAGAACGGCUAAAUCGAGUCAGAAACUAAAAAGGCAUCACGAAAACAAAGCCUGCAGAAGCGUACGUGCCAACGGACCCAGCCCGGGCACCAGCCCUUUCCACCCGAUCCCAGGCUGUCUUUUAUACAAAUCGUCGUGUAGACAUUUGUCCGCUUGACCGUGUUGUAUAUGCUUUUAAUGUCAUUGCGAACAAACUUGACUUACAUCUUUUUGGUACAUCUUUAGAAACCUUUAAAUUUAAAUGUCCUUUAAGGUAAGUACCUUUAAGUUUAAAUUGUCUUUCCUUAUCUAUUUCUGAUGUUCUUGUGGUUUUACUAUGCUCAGCCCCAUCGGCAUGCUGAGUCGGUGGCGCGAGAGCAGGGGAUAUGUUCGCGUAGCACGAGCAAUAAACAUUCUUUUGGUUCUGCUGGCUACCGGCCGAGAGCGUCGUUGUCUUGAGCUUCACGACAUGGUGGCAGCGGCUUUCAACUACGCAAUACUACGAUCCAUUUGCGAAACGCCACGCUGCACAUCGAAAUGAACACUAUCCGACAGCCAAACCCUUUCAGGUUCGCGGAUGUCACAGAAUGGCCAGCUUGUAAAGAUGAAUUCGAGGACUUUCUCUUCACGUCUGGAAAUCACGACAAGCCUGGACAAGUUAAUAGAACCCUCUUAUACUGCGUGGCUAGAAAAGCACGAGAGAUUUUGAGGACGUUCAACCUUACAUCGCAUCAGAUAGAAAAAAUAUGAGAUCGUUUGUGACAAGUUUGAAAAGUGCUUCAUGCACUCUCGCAACCUUGUCUACGAGAUAGCAAACUAUGCCGACAACAGAACCAAGACGAGUCUGCAUAUGGAUGACUACAUGGUUGCUUUGCAUGAGCUUGGCUAUUAGGUGUGGCUUCGGAAACUCAAAAGAUCGGAUGAUAAGAGACAAGUUCGUCGUUGGCCUAAGCGAUAAGAAGUUGUCUCAGACUUUGCAGAUGGAUCCUUCGUUAACUCUCGGCACAGCCUUAGUCAAGGCAAGGCUAAAAGAUUGCACAGCAUCAGCAAAAGAAAUUAGAAAAGGAAGCCCCUAUGAUCGACGCUCACAAUAUUGAUUCUCUUGGACGCGACUCACUGGCUUCCCCCUCUGACGAAGAGUUCAGCACUGAUUCAGUAAGUUAUCGAGGAAGGACAAGGGUUCGACAGCCUGUUCUCUUUGUGGGAGGAAUCAUGGACAGAGGCAGUGCUAAGCCAGGAAUAGAGGCUGUUUCAACUGUGGGCAUAUCGGACAUUCUGCAAGAGUUUGCCAAGCCAGGUCCCCACACCGGUCCCGGACAAGUAUCAAGCACCAGCUACCGCGGACUGAGACGUCGAUGCAGUGUCUAGUUCCACGCACUUUCUAGGCUCGGUACAUACAGGCAACGGGAGAGUAACCUCCCGCUUCAUGGAAGUUUUUAUAAAUGAUGUUCUGCUCGAGGCGAAGAUCGA